GAUGGAUUGGUAGAGAGAAUGUGGUGGGUUUGUCUUUGAGUUUGUUGUACAACAAAAAUUUAGGGCAUUGAUUUUGGGGUUCAUUCUUUAUUUUUGGGAGAGAGAAGAAGAAGAAGGGAAAGACAGACAGAAGGUAAUAAGGAAGCAAAAAUAGGAAAUGAAAUAGCUGUCUUUCUUCUCUUCUUUUGGUUGUUGUUUUGAAGAGAGAGAGAGAGAACGCUUCAUCCGCAUUUAUUCACGCUCUUUUAAGCUGUCUUUCGUUCUCUCUCUUAGACCUCUCUCUCAUUUUUUUGAUCUCUCUCUUCUCUUCUCUACUCUACUCUACUCUACACAUUUCUCAUUUUUCUUUCUAGGGUUAGGGUUUCUUUCUGUUUUGCUGAUGAAUUUUUCAUUCCUCUUCCAAAUCUAGAAAUUGUUUUGUUUGUUUUCGUAAAACAGAAAUUAUUAUUUUUAUUUAUUAUUAUGGUAUUUUUCUUCUUAGAUUUGUAAUUUGAAAUUCAAGAAGAAAGAAACAGGAAAAAACAAGGGCCAAAAACAGAAACUAAAGGAAGAAGAAGAAGAAUAUAGAAAGAGGGCGAUCAGGUCCUCUUAGCGGGGAGGAGAAAUGAGUGCUUCUAGGUUUAUAAAGUGCGUCACUGUCGGAGAUGGUGCUGUCGGUAAAACUUGCAUGUUGAUUUCCUACACCAGCAACACAUUUCCCACGGAUUAUGUGCCGACUGUUUUUGACAAUUUCAGUGCAAAUGUGGUUGUAGAUGGAAAUACUGUUAACCUUGGAUUAUGGGAUACUGCUGGUCAGGAGGAUUAUAAUAGAUUAAGACCUCUAAGUUAUCGAGGUGCAGAUGUUUUCCUGUUGGCAUUCUCUCUCAUUAGCAAGGCUAGCUAUGAAAAUGUUGCCAAGAAGUGGAUUCCUGAACUAAGGCAUUAUGCACCUGGUGUUCCAAUUAUUCUCGUGGGAACAAAGCUUGAUCUCCGGGAUGAUAAACAAUUCUUUGUUGACCACCCUGGUGCCGUCCCUAUUACUACAGCUCAGGGAGAGGAGUUAAAGAAGGUGAUUGGAGCUCCUUACUAUAUUGAGUGUAGUUCUAAGACACAACAGAAUGUCAAGGCAGUCUUCGAUGCAGCAAUUAAGGUGGUGCUCCAGCCACCGAAGCAAAAGAAGAAGAAGAAAGCGCAAAAGGGAGGCUGCUCCAUUUUGUGAUUGAAAGGAAAAAAACCGUGGAAGGAAAAAUUGAAAAAAGAAUAACCAACUAAUAGUCCAUCUGGUCUUUCACUGUCAUUGUCAUUUUAUUUUCCCCUCCUUGAGGAAACAACAGCAGGCAGGCGUUGUUAGUGUGCAGUGUCCGUCAACGAAGAUGGGUACUUAAAAAAAGAGGAAGUGCUUAUUGUGGAAAAUGCAGGCAUCAAAUCAGGUGGUUGUGGCAUUGUUUUCUUGCUUUUUCGUCUUUGUUGGUGACCUGUAACUGAUGACGCAUUACAUUACGUAGUAACAUGGAAUACAUUUCGUUCUUUACGUUUUAUGUUUUAGAUUUGUGUUCUAGGAAAGCAGCUUACUAAGAAACUACAUGUGGUUGUGUUAAAUUCGACAUAUCUUGUAUACAUUGUUGUUUAAAAUUUGUUGGCAAGAAGACUUUGUUUGGCUUUUGGUUGGC